UUUUGUUGGGACCUGGGAGAGAAAAUUAUCCCGUAGAGGUAACGGUGUGGGGGGGGGAAAGAAGAAAGAGAAAUAAGCAACAAAACAUGGAAAUGUACCAGGUUGCUAUUUAGUCGUCUACAAUGCAAGAGGACGUCCUUCCGCUGUGAAUUCAUACGAGGAGGUUUUUGUGUGGCAGUGUAACCCUCCCUCUUCCCCAUCAUGCUGAGUUUCCUGCGCAGGACGCUGGGGCGACGCUCCAUCCGGAAACAUGCAGAGAAAACACGGUUACGGGAGGCCCAGCGUGCCACGACACACAUCCCUGCUGCAGGGGAUGCAAAAUCUAUCAUUACCUGUCGUGUAUCCUUACUGGACGGGACAGACGUCAGCGUUGACCUGCCGAAAAAAGCCAAAGGUGAGGAGCUGUUUGACCAGAUUAUGUACCAUCUGGACAUCGUAGAGAAAGACUACUUUGGACUACGCUUCAUGGACUCGGCACAAGUGCCGCACUGGCUUGAUGUCACAAAAAGUAUCAAAAAGCAAGUAAAAAUUGGCCCACCAUAUUGCCUUCACAUGAGAGUAAAGUUUUACUCCUCAGAACCGAACAACCUGCACGAGGAGCUCACCAGAUACCUAUUUGUGUUACAGUUAAAGCAAGACGUCCUCAGUGGCAAGCUAGAAUGUCCAUUUGACACAGCGGUGGAGUUGGCUGCCUUCUCGUUACAGGCUGAGCUAGGUGAUUGUGACCCAUUAGAACAUAAUCUGGAUCUGGUGUCAGAAUUUCGAUUCGUCCCCAACCAGACAGAGGACGUGGAGCUAGCGAUAUACAACGCAUGGAAGGAGUGCAGAGGUCAGAUGCCAGCACAAGCUGAAAUUAACUACCUGAACAAAGCCAAGUGGCUAGAGAUGUAUGGGGUUGACAUGCAUAUGGUCAAGGCAAGAGAUGGUAAUGAGUACAGUCUUGGUUUGACUCCCACUGGAGUUCUGGUGUUUGAAGGAGAAACCAAGAUAGGACUCUUCUUCUGGCCCAAGAUCACUCGUCUGGAUUUCAAGAAGAGCAAAUUGACGCUUGUGGUCGUGGAGGACGAUGACCAAGGCAAGGAACAGGAGCACACCUUUGUGUUCAGGAUGGACCAUCCCAAGGCCUGUAAGCACCUCUGGAAGUGUGCUGUGGAACACCAUGCUUUCUUUAGGCUGAGAGGGCCGGUACAAAAGAACUCUGCACGCUCUGGAUUCAUACGCAUGGGAUCACGCUUCAGAUACAGUGGAAAAACGGAGUAUCAGACAACCAAGGCCAAUAAAGCAAGACGGUCAGCCUCCUUUGAGAGAAGGCCCAGUCGGCGUUACUCCAGAAGAACCAUGCAGAACAGAGGACCGAUCCAUCACCAGGAGUUUCUGUCCUCAGGCAAUGGAGUCAGCAAAGUCAGCAAGGCUUCUCCCAAUAGAGGGGCCUGGUCAGCUGUGCCUGUGGUCAGCCCGGUAGCUGCUUCUGCCUGUGCACCCAUGGAAAUUGAGGCUCUACCCAGGAGUCCUGGAGGGGAAAAGAGGAGUAUGCCCAUGGUUGCGGACCUGAUGGAGACGUGCAUUGAUGAUGUCCUCAGGGCUACUGUCGUUCCUACAGUGACGGCUGCAGACGAGGCCGGACCAAGCAGCGCCUAUGCUACCCCCAGUGUCACCGGGGAGGAUCACCUCGGCCUGGCUGGUGAGGCUACAGCAAACCAAGCAUACCACAAAGUGAAUUCAGAUGCAGCAGCUCGUCUGAAGCAGCUGGAGUUGGAGAGCAGUCCGCUUCUUGGUACUCCCAGAAAUAACAUCAAUGUCAAUAUGGCCAUGAACAAUCAAGAGGAUGUGAUGAAGCUCACAGAGAAGUGUGGUCUCAGCAGCACAGGCAGUAGUCCAGUUGUCACUCCACUGUGCACCCCAGAGGAUCUGAAGAGCAACAUCCUGAAGGCACAAGUUGAGGCUGCUGCCCUCAAGGGAUCUUUGGAGGAACAUGUCAUAAUUGUUGGAGAUAAAAACUGUAACUUGCAGGAGGCCUCUGCCAGGUUGAAAGUGCGCACCGGCCGACUGGGUAGUAACUCGUCUCUGUCCGUUAGCAGUCGCCCUGACAUCCAAGACUCCUGGGACCUGCUCAAGCCAGCCUCACUGGUCUCAUCAGCAGGGGCCAGUGCAGAGAGGAUAGCUGACGAUUUAAACCCCCCUGUUCCCAAGAUGCUCUCUGAGUCUGCCAGCGAAGUCAUGGCACCAAAGGUUAAAGCAGAGGAAGAUGACCUGCAAAACAACACCCCACUGUCUGACAACCUGAUCGAUUUCACCGAUCCAACUCCUGUGCUACCACCAGUGCAGCAGCCCAAACCUCUCAUCACACCUCGCUGGAUCAUCCCUACAGCUGCUCCUCCUGGCGUCUUUACUAACGGCCUGCUCGACCUUGACCCCCCUGCUAAGGUCAACCCUCUUCUCCCUGCAGAUGGGGGAGCCGCUCUCACCCCAGUCCUCCCCCAGCUCGCUCACACACGUAACACCAUCUCCGCCAGCACUGCGGGUCAGCAGCCAGCCUCAGAGGAUGGAGCCAAACCCAGAGGUCUCCUGACCACUGAGCUCUGAUGGAGUAAUGAGGAGCAGUCAUCACAACAUUCGUUUCCCAGACUGCUUCCCCCAAGCCCCCCUCACCCCUUCACCCAACCACACACAAGCAAGCUGGGCCAGAUGUGCUGAAUACUGAGGGCUAAGAGGAAAGUGGAACCAGGGAAGAGGCAGCUUACAAACACCACAAACACAAUUGUAGCCACACUGACAAACAGAUUGAACAAAUUCAACCAAGCACAUAAGAAAAUAAUAGGAAUAUGAUGACAGUAUUUUAUGAUAAUGUUUAGCUCCAGUGUUAACAUCCUAGAAGAACACCUACUGUGUGAACCUCCUGCCUGAGCUCACUGUCAGCAACCUGCUAUUCACAUAAUCCAUCCUGUCAAACAAAUAGAGGUCAAGUUGGGGCUGACUCACUAAAGUCUCAGAAUAAGGUACAUUUCAUGAAGGCAUCCACCACUGGUUCAUGACUCAAAGGGUAGGUUGUCUCUUUUAGCGCUGCUUUCCUCACCCUAUUUUUGGCUCAUGCUGUUUUAUCACUGGUUAUUCACACUACUGGAUUCUGCUUCUCUGAGCUUUUCUGUACACUCACAGAUCACACAGCACGUAGAGCUGCUGAUGUACACUGGAUGAAGGACUAAAAGACAGAAAGACUGACUUUAAGUGUUGAUUUGGAGAGAUAAACACACCUGGACUGCUAACACGAUGAAACAUGAAUAUGACACUGUACUGUCCUUGUAGCACACUACAAACCUUUUUUUAAACCCAGUCACUACUACAUGUGAAACUUGUCUAUUGGCAGCCACUGGAUAUGAACACUCACUGGAUUAUCUUUGCAACACUGGACCUUGAAGGAUUUCUUUGCAACGGAUGAUAGUAGAGAUGAUCAUUUUGGUUUUUCAGCUGAUGUUUUUAUUAUCCUGCUCUUACUUUUUUUUGUCUGUUUGAUGUUUGAAUUUGCCCGUCGCAGUACUCUUGAAUUCACACAUCACGAGGGACUGAACAUCACUAAUGGAAGUUAGUUCUGUGGCCCUUUUUGGGCUCUCUAUGUUCACCUCUUUCUGUAUACUCUUAUCAUGGCUUAGAGUCAAAGGUGACGACAUAAUGACAUGAAGUUUUAAUAUUUUAAAAUGUGAUCCUAAACUUUGCUUUCACUUGAAACCACUGUUUCCACUUCAUUCAUUUCAAUUUUAACCUCUAAAUUAGCAAUGUAAAUGUGACAAGUGAAAGCAAGUUUGCUGUUGAACCCUUUAAGGUUACUGUGAUCCCAGUUUUUUAAAUGACCUAACUGGAUAUCUGAAUUCAUUUUGACAGUACGCUGACCCUGUUGUUGAACAUGGCUCCUGGUAUUAACAUGCUGUAGUUACUGCCCUGCCUUAUAGGAAUGAAUGUAUUCAAAUAGUCUCGUCUGAGAAUGCUGGAGAUGCCACAGUAUGAAAAGUUUUACAGUUUCUGAAAUUCUCAAAUGCUGAUAUAUUUUAUAACUGGAGGAAAACUUGUGAAAUUAAAGGGACAGUUCACCCCCAAAUCAAAAAUACAUAUAUCCUCUUAACCUGUAGUGCUACUUCUCAGUCUAGAUUGAAAAAUAGCACCACAGGUAAAAGAAAAAGUAUGUCUUUUUGAUUUUGUGUUGAACUGUCCCUUAAAAUCUGAUUUUGUACAUGUGAAUUAAGGACUAAUUCCACACUUUCUGAAGUAUAAAUGAAGUACAUCGCAUUGACUCUUAAAAGAUAGACUUGCAUAUUUUCUUUUAAACUCUCAUUACCCCAUAUGUCGUAUUCACUAAAUCUGGAGCCUCAUCCAAGUUAUGUUUGUAGUUCUUUCAUUAUGAUGAUGAUUCGAUAAUCUGUCUUGAACAAGGGAACCUGACUGUUUUACAAUGUCUUCUUAGCAGUGACAGUUAUUUAUGCUACUACUCAGUGUAAUUGAUCAAAUAUUACAUGUUGUCCAAAAGUGUUGUAGCGCACAGUUCUAAUGUAUUGUCAGUAUAAUGGCAUCAGCUGGCUGUAGAUAUGAAGUAGAUUUAUAUAUAUAUUUUUGAAAAUUCUGUUGGCAGUAUUGUUACUACACACUGAGAAGAUUUCUGCAUUAAGCUGUUUUCUAAUUACAAACGAAGUAGGAAACGUAUUACUGAUCGAACUGACUGGAAAAACGCAGAGAUUGUGACAGUCUCAAAUGCUAUUUUAUAUAAACUUUUAUUUUUUUCUGGAAUACCUGAUCAUGAUUCAGUAAAGCUUUGUUACAGUAGGAGUCAAUUGUUUUUCAUUCAUUUUUCUUAUGUAGCUUCUGUUGAAUUGGUUUGCCUGCACAGGAGGUUCUCAGUGAUUGCAGCUGGAUUUAUGCAAGACUAGACAAUCUGAUUUAUUUCUGUGCUGUGGACCAGAUGUGCUUUCUGUCUUGUUAAACCAGCGAUGAAACACUGACCCAGAUCACUCCGAGGUUAAAAAAAAAUCAGAUUUUGCAGUCCUGUUUAAAUUCAACUUGUCUUUGAGAAGUUAAACUCUUGUAUCUGCAGAAAUGUAGCAAUAACAACUGACUCAGCAAAAAUUUGAGUAUUCAAAAUGUGUUUCUUUUAAAGUGAUAACUUGGACCUGAGUGUAUUUACUAGUGUCACCAUGUGUCAUCUAAUGAAGUACAAUUUUUAUUUCCCCCUGCUAUUUGAAACACAUCAUCCACUAAAGUAUAAAGGGAAAAACCCACCUUUUAAACCAAUUCACAUGAUUUUAGAUCUUGUUAGUUAACAUAUCUGUCAAAUGUCAUCAGGCAGAUUAAAGGUAAUUUCCAAACCAAUCAGACUGGUUCGUCACAUUCCCACAGUGAUGAUGUUACAUUUUCUAAUUAAGAACUACUGAGAAAAUGAAUAACAAGCUGAUGUAAAACCCUCAUUCACUCCAUUAGUCUACAUAUUCAGCUCUUCGUCUCAGUUAUUGAUAAUUGGUUCAACUCCAAAAAGGAAAUCUGACAGCAUCGCAGAUCACAGUAUGAGAUCUUUUGGCUUUUGCUUUGUACCGAAAAGUGUUUUUUUUGUAGAACAUUAUGAUGCCACAGUGAAGUUAACCUUUGACCUUUUGCAUAUAAAAUGUCCUCACUUCAUUAUUUUAUUCUAUUGGAAAUAUGUGUGAAAUUUUCUGCAUAAUUAAGAUGUGAAUUCUAAAGUUAUGGCCAAAAA